CCACACGCUGUCCCGAGCAGGACGGACCCCUCCUGACUGUCUGCCCAUGUCUCAACAGCAGAACUCUUUCCCCCGCAGCGGCUGUGUGGCGGUGACGCGGCGGACCAUGGACACCAGGCCGGUCCCGAGGAGGCGCACCGGCGCCCUGCGGCAUCUGCUUCUGGCAGCCGCCUUCCUGGCGUGCAGCUCCCAACUGCUUGUGGUGGAUGCCAACUCAUGGUGGUCACUAGCUCUGACCCCCAUCCAGCGGCCCGAGAUGUACAUCAUCGGAGCGCAGCCUCUGUGCAGCCAGCUGUCCGGUCUCUCCCAGGGCCAGAGGAAGCUGUGCCAGCUGUACCAGGACCACAUGGUCCACAUCGGAGACGGAGCCAAGACCGGCAUCAAGGAGUGCCAGUUCCAGUUCAGACAGAGGAGGUGGAACUGCAGCACGGUGGACAACACGUCGGUGUUCGGACGCGUCAUGCAGAUCGGCUCCAGGGAGACGGCCUUCACGUACGCCAUCAGUGCGGCGGGCGUGGUGAACGCGGUCAGCCGGGCGUGCCGGGAGGGCGAGCUCUCCACCUGUGGCUGCAGCCGCUCGGCCCGCCCCCGCGACCUGCCGCGUGAUUGGCUCUGGGGAGGCUGCGGCGACAACGUGCAUUAUGGGUACCGAUUCGCCCGGGAGUUCGUGGACGCCAGGGAGCGAGAGAAGAACUACCCUCGGGGGUCCCUGGAGCACGCCCGCACCCUGAUGAACCUGCAGAACAACGAGGCAGGCAGACAGGCGGCCUAUAACCUUGCCAACGUGGCCUGUAAGUGCCACGGGGUCUCGGGGUCCUGCAGUCUGAAGACCUGCUGGCUCCAGCUGGCCGACUUCAGGAGUGUGGGCGAGUUCCUGAAGGAGAAGUAUGACAGCGCGGCGGCCAUGCGCAUUGGACGCAAGGGCAAGCUGGAGCUGGUAGAGAAGCGCUUCAACCCCCCCGGCCCGGAGGAUCUGGUCUACACGGACCCCAGCCCGGACUACUGCCUCCGCAACGAGACCACGGGGUCCCUGGGCACGCAGGGCCGCCUCUGCAACAAGACCUCGGAGGGCAUGGACGGCUGCGAACUCAUGUGCUGCGGCCGAGGGUACGACCAGUUCAAGAUCUACAAGCACGAGCGCUGCCACUGCAAGUUCCACUGGUGCUGCUACGUCAAGUGCAAGCGCUGCUCCACCCUCGUAGACCAGUUUGUGUGUAAAUAGCACACAAGCGGAUGGGGGGGGGGGGGGGGGGGAAAGGAAGUCUGAAUGUUCAGGGUUUUGUUCAGGAUAAGUUAAGACUUAAGAUCCAUUUUUUUGACCCUGCUCUAUUUAUGUCACCUGCUGUGUUACAUCUAGAGGAAAGCCAGCUGUGUGUCUGAGUAGCACAAUGAUGCAUAGAUACAGUGGAUGGGUAAAGAUGGAGAGGUGGACAAAAGGAGGAAACAACUUUUGAUUUGAUCAACUGAGAUUCCCCCUGCAUAAUAUCCUGAUCACAACCCGGAAGGAAGGAGGAAAGAAAAGAAGGACUAAAUGGAUGAAGGAUAUAAAGGACAAAUGGACACCUAUGACCAGUGUGAUAAAAGAUGAAAUAAAUAUAUUAAUAAAUAAUAAAUGAAUAUACAACUCUGAUUGUUAUUUAAAGAGACUCAAACAGACUGCAGGCACACUUUGGAGCCAUACAACUCACUGGUUCAUCAAAGUCCUCUUGGAGUUUGAAGCCAUGUGAGGGCUGAGCAGUGUCCCUGUGUCUUUCUUGGAACUUGAACCCUGCAAGAGAACUUCCUGCAGACGUGAGGUGUGCUGAUGUGUGGGAAACGUGCUCACAGAGGACACCCGAAAUGUCCAGACUGACACGAAAGGAGGGCAUAGAGGGGAAAGGGAAAAGGUUCAAGUACAAUGAGAAGGACUUUAUGAUGAUUUGUCAACAAAACACUUAAUCCUCCAGGAGACACAUGUUGGAGCAGAUCUCCAGCAGCUGUGACCUGGCCGUGUGUCUGCGCAGGUGAUGAGGCUCGCUGGUUGCAGCCAUCUUGGCUCCACGAACAUUUAAACAACGGCGUCCUUCAUCUGACAGUGAAUAGAGCGAGGCCUCCAUCAGUGAGAUGAAUGCUCUCUCUGCCUUAAUGAACCGCACUAAGAGACACUGCCAGUGGACCUGUUCAUCUCAUGUUGUUAUGCAACUUGUCAACAAAAAGCCCUGUGGGGUCGACUAACAUUUUAUAAUUCUGUAUUACCAUGAAUUUUGCAAGAAUAUUUUAAGUGUAUAAUCUAAUCCAAUCAAUAGCAACCAUGAAGAUGACAGGGUGGACUGAAGAGGACUGAACAUGCUGUGGGAAAUGAAUGUGUGAACGUGGACAAACAGAAAGACUGCAAUUUAUUACUACUUUUAAACAAGUAGUCGAUCAGAGAAGAAGGUAUAUUUUAUUAUUGUGUUUCAUUUUCUGUUUUCUAUGUUUUAUACCUGAGUAUUAUUGUGUAUUCUUUUGAUA